AGCAAUUCUAAACUGUUCUAUUUAUAUAUUUUUAUUUAUUUUGGGGGAAGGGAUCAUUAUUUCCUGGUCUCUGAGUUCAAUCACCAAGAAAAUAGUAGUGAGUCUGCUGAGAAUUCUUUCUUCGACUGUUCUAAAAGAUGAUGAUAUUUUGUUUAAUAUUCAAUUUAUCCUACUAUGGGCUGGAACUUUGAAGCGUUAGGAAUUCAGAAAUUGGUUUUUACAGAUUACAUCAGCUCUUUUUGCAAGAUCUUAUUGUAGAUAGAUGUGUUGGAUUCUGCGAGAUGAUUCAUGGAAGUGUUCAGCCUGAACAUAUGCUAUUGUUUUCAAAAAACAAGUUUUAAUCUAUCGUGCUAAUAGAUUCUUUUUUUUUUUUUUUUGAUUUUUUUCUGGAUAGUAAGUAACUAGCAGGCAAUAGGAGAAGGCCUUUAUAUCUUUUUUGAUUUACUCUUUCAAUAGAAGCUGAUGGGCCUAGAUCAAUUUUAAGAAAAAAUGAUAAUGGUGAUGUCGGUAAAAAGUCUAUGCUGUAAGAUCUGAUCAUGGUUUUGUUGUAAAGAAAAAGGAAUAAUUGUCUCCUUGUGAACCUGUUGAAAUGUUUGUAUUAUUUAGAUCCAUAAGAAUAGUGUGCAAUUCAUCUUUUAUCUUCCAUGAACUUGCACUCAAGAAUUCUGUGGACAGCAUAUUAUAUUGUAUUAGAAAGUUCCUUUAGAGUGAAUGCUGUAUUUCAGAAGCUUAACAUUGUUUGGAUGGUUUGAUAUGUCAAUUUUGAUAGUUAAGCUGUAUGUCCCAUUUUGCUGCGAAUUUGACAUGGGUGUUCUGGUGUUAAAUUUGAUGUAUGUUAAUUAGGUUGAAGCACCUUCAAAGUUUUACGGCAUAGAAGGGAAGAAGUACAAUGAAAAAUCCAUACUCUCCACUCAUUCCAUCUGCCCUUCCAAAACCAGCUUCUUUCCAUGAAGGUGUUAAACUAGAUGGCACUUCAAAUACUUUCUUUCAUGGAUUUGGGGCUUUGGGUUUAAAGAAAAGAGGUCAUGGCGGUCGUUCAUGGAUACAGAUUGAUAGGACUGGGGAAUCAAAGGUUGUAACACUUGAUAAGGCCACUCUAAUGAGGCGGUGUGGUUUACCUGCUAGAGAUCUUCGGCUCUUGGAUCCUCUAUUUGUUUAUCCUUCCACAAUACUAGGUCGAGAGAAGGCUAUUGUCGUCAGUCUUGAACAAAUUAGGUGUAUAAUUAUGGCUGAUGAUGUCUUUCUCAUGAAUUCUCUGGACAGUUGUGUAUUGCAGUAUGAAUCAGAGCUGUGCCAUCGGCUUCAGACGAUGAAAGAUCAAAGUGAUAACCUGCCUUUCGAAUUCAAGGCUCUCGAGCUUGCUCUGGAAGUAGCUUCUGCAUCACUUGAUGCUCAGGUAACUGAAUUGGAAAUUGAGAUAUAUCCUGUGCUAGAUGAACUAGCAUCAUCCAUUAGCACUGUUAACCUUGAACAUGUUCGUAGGCUCAAGAGCCAUCUUCUUGGCUUGACUCACAGAGUCCAGAAGGUCCGUGAUGGGAUAGAACAGCUCAUGGACGAUGAUGGGGACAUGGCAGAAAUGUAUCUAACUGAGAAAAAAGAGAGAAUGGAAGCAUAUUUAUACAGAGAUCGGUACUUGAAUGGUGUUCCAACCGGCAACUGGAUCUCAACAUCUGCACCUGUCUCACCCACAUGCUCUAGCAGCGGACAACCAGAAAAGGCCUCAAACAGUACUAUUAUGAGUUUCAGUAGGCAUGAGAGCUCUAUGGGUUCAUCUGAUAGGGGGAGGCAUGUUGAAGAACUAGAGAUGUUACUAGAAGCAUAUUUUGUAGUUAUAGACAACACUUCAAGCAAAUUGUUAUCGCUCAAAGAGUAUGUGGAUGACACUGAAGAUUUUAUAAAUAUCAAGCUGGACAAUGUCCGGAACCAGCUGAUCCAAUUUGAGUUGCUACUCACAGCUGCCACAUUUGUUGUGACAAUCUUUGCAGUUGUAACAGGUGUUUUUGGAAUGAACUUUGAAGAUUCUGUGUUUGAACGUGCAUCCAAUUUCAACUGGGUCCUGAUUAUUUCUAGCAUCUCUUGUGCGGCAAUAUAUCUCUCUUUCCUGCUAUAUGUCAAGUACAAGAGAUUACUGCCAUUAUGAGAUAUUAUCAUGGAUUUUAAUUCACUUUGUUAUUUUCUUCUCUUCAUAUUUUUUAUUAUUUAAUUCUUGUAAGUUGUAACUAAUUUUAAUACAAUCAUUAUUCCAUUAAGCCGGAUGCUUAGGAUUUCUAUUGCAUCGCA